AAAAUAAAAAUGGUAGCAUCAGACACUAUUGUAAGGCCGAGAAAGCCUGAAAAAGUGAGCCUUUUAUUCAUAAGGUGUAGGGUCUUUUUCCCAAAACACGCAUAAUUGUUUUGGUAGACAAAUCCACAAACCCACCAAACAUCCAACAAGGGUUUCAUCCUCUGUUCUCUGGGCGUCUUUCCUCCGUUUCUUGGGCCCUUUUUCUUUUCUGGGCCUUUGCCUAUUCUCGAUGGAGGUUCCGGAAAUGGGAGGCAAGACUGAAACCCAUUUGACAUCAGCAGCAGCCUUUGUGGAAGGGGGGAUUCAAGAAGCAUGUGAUGAUUCUUGUAGCAUAUGCCUUGAGAAUUUUAGCAAAAGUGAUCCUGCAACUGUCACUAAUUGCAAGCAUGACUUCCAUCUGCAGUGCAUUCUUGAAUGGUGUCAGAGAAGCUCUCAAUGCCCUAUGUGUUGGCAAGCUAUCAGCUUGAAGGAUGCUACCAGUCAAGAACUGCUCGAGGCAGUAGAGCAGGAGAGGAGCUUGAGGGAUAUCCCAUCCAGAAAUGCUUCAAUUUUUCAUCUUUCGCAGCUUGAAUUUCAGCAGUUACCAAUGCGUGAGUCUGAUAUUGAAGAGCGAAUCCUUCGACAUUUAGCUGCUGCAGCAUCAAUGAGGAGAGCACACCAUGUUGGUCGGAGGGAAAGUCAACGAACUAGGUCAUCUGGUCAUGGCAAUGCACACUCCUUAGUGUACUCAACUCAGCCUAGAGCACCUCCAUCAGCUACUGGAGCGGGAAGUGAACCAGCUGCAAUUCCUGCAGGAAAUCCAUCUUCUCCUCUUAUAUUUGAUGGAACACAACAAUCAUCACCACAGCAGAUGCCCCUAUUACAAACUCGGAGUUCUUCUUUUACUUCUGGCUCUACAGUCGCAACAACAAAUCUUCAAGGAGUUCACUCUAAUGAUGGAAGCUUUGCCUCUCAUUCCUUGCCUGCAAGCCAUGAUGAACCAGAGCCAUCAGAACAAUCAUUCUCAGAUUCUCUCCUUUCCAAAUUUAAUGCAGUAUCCAUGAGAUACAAAGAAUCAAUUUCAAAGGGCACAAGGGGAUGGAAGGAGAGGCUGUUCUCUCCUAAUUCUUCUGUGUCAGAACUUGGUUCUGAAGUUAGGAGAGAAUUGAAUGCCAAAAUUGCUAGUGUGUCCCGAUUGAUUGAGCGCCUCGAAACAGCAAGAGAAAAUAAGAGCGCUGCAGGCACUUCUGUAUCAAAUCGUUCCAUCGCAGAGACCAGCAACAACCAAAACAAUGUGGAAGUUCACGGAGAGAACUCUUUUCCUGGCAGCAAAGCACUUGCUCAGAUAUGACAUGGUGAGGAAUAUAUGGUGAUGGAAGUUAUUGGCUGAGUAAGAAAAUAGGAUCUGAAGCAAAAGUUUAUGCUUUUAUGUAAAUAUAUUAUAUGCGGGGAACUGUAGGAAGUAAGUGUUUAAGGUAUAAACCAAGGGAGAAAGUGUUAUGAGAUUUCUCCAAUCUUAGGUAUAUUAUCAUAUAUGUUCAUAAUAUGUCCUUCAAAUUACUUUUUGGAGUCAAGGGAAAAAUAGAUAUCAAGUUGGCAACCUGAA